GCCUUAAAACGUGGAUGGUUGUAGUGGUUGCAAAAAAAAUGGUUUGACAGGGUUUGACUGAAGGAAGAUAAGUCCAGGGGGCGGUAGUAGGCGAGUCCGAUUUGUAAAUGAAUCAAAAUUGAAGUUAGUUUUUGUAUGUCACAGUGUUUUUGUGACCGACGCGGCGAGUUGAUUUGUAUGCGACGAUACAUUUGGGAAAGACAGCAACAGGGCAUAGUACUACAGCAUGUCGCGGGCAAUUUCAACGUUUUGCAUGGGGAAGCACGACUAGCACAGUAACACCGCAACGCGAUACAUAUUUAAAAGGUAGAAUGUGAAUGGUUAGAAGAGCUCGAAUUCAUACAAAAUGGAAACAAUGUAGAAUUGCUGCGGCAUUGAUUGUAGGUAGCUAGAAGGACUACUAGGGUAGAACAUAGCUGGAUAGAGAGCUAGUUAUUAACUAAUAUACAUGCGAAGUUCCAUAUCAGAAAAGCUCAAACAGAGCCUGUAGUAAGGUGAUUGAAACUAAGAGUUCGUUAGUGUCCCCAUUUACCAAAGAAGACUGAAGAAAAUACUGAAAUAUGCUACGGAGAAGACUGAACCGUUUGUUUGGUAGGGACGAGAGGAGGGUGGACAGCAGAACCAUCUACGUAGGCCACCGGCCCUGUACCGCCACCGAAGCUUUAAUCCCCCCUAAAUUCUGUGACAACAGGAUUGUCUCUUCCAAGUACACGGUGUGGAACUUUCUGCCAAAGAAUCUGUUUGAGCAGUUCAGAAGAAUCGCCAAUUUCUACUUCCUCAUCAUCUUUUUGGUGCAGGUGAUCGUAGACACCCCCACCAGCCCAGUCACUAGUGGCCUACCCCUGUUCUUUGUCAUCACUGUCACAGCCAUCAAACAGGGCUAUGAGGACUGGCUGCGGCACAAGGCAGAUAAUGAGGUGAAUAAGUACCUGGUGACGGUGCUGGAGGACGGCCGGAGAGCACGCAAGGAGAGCGAGAAGAUCAAGGUUGGUGAUGUGCUGGAGGUGGUGGAGGAUGAGACCUUUCCCUGUGACCUCAUUCUGCUGCAGUCCAGCCGGGAGGACGAGACCUGCUUUGUCACCACGGCCAGUCUAGACGGGGAGUCCAACCAUAAGACACACUACACAGUGCCAGACACAGAGAAGAACCUAGAGUCUCUCAGCGCCACCAUCGAGUGCGAGCAGCCGCAGCCUGACCUCUACAAAUUUGUGGGGCGAAUGCACAUCUACAGGAACGACCAGGAACCUGCUGUGAGAUCUUUGGGUCCAGAGAAUCUCCUCUUGAAAGGUGCUACCUUGAAGAAUACUCAGAAGAUAUAUGGUGUGGCAGUUUACUCAGGCAUGGAGACCAAGAUGGCUCUGAACUACCAGGGGAAGUCCCAGAAGCGCUCUGCGGUGGAGAAGUCUAUCAAUUCCUUCCUGCUGGUGUACCUGUGUAUCCUGGUGAGCAAGGCCCUGGUGUGCACCACGCUCAAGUAUGUGUGGCAGAGCCGACCAGGCCAGGACGAGCCCUGGUACAACCAGAAGACGCAGAAGGAGAAAGAUACCAACCUGUACCUGAAGAUGUUUACUGACUUCCUGUCGUUCAUGGUGCUGUUCAACUUCAUCAUCCCCGUGUCCAUGUACGUGACGGUGGAGAUGCAGAAGUUCCUGGGCUCCUUCUUCAUCACUUGGGACAAGGACUUCUUCGACCCUGAGAUCCAGGAAGGGGCUCUGGUCAACACCUCCGACCUCAACGAGGAGCUGGGACAGGUGGAGUACGUGUUCACGGACAAGACGGGCACGCUGACCCAGAACAACAUGGAGUUCAUCGAGUGCUGCAUUGACGGCUUCCAGUACAAGUACGCCGACUCAGGCACCGAGCUAGACGGCUUCUGUGUCACAGAUGGACCCGUGAGCAUGCUGCAGCAGAAGGCUGGCAAGGAGAAGGAGGAGCUGUUCCUGCGGGCUCUGUGUCUGUGCCACACGGUGCAGGUGAAGGAGUCUACGGGUCAGGGGGAGGGAGUAGGAGACGGUGUAGAGGAUCAGGUGGACGGUGUCCUAGGGCUGGACGGAGAGAUGGUCCACCCUGCAGACCUCAGGGGCUUCAUCGCCUCCUCACCCGACGAGGUGGCACUGGUCAAGGGAGCCAUGAAGUACGGUUUCACAUUCCUUGGUAUGGAGAGCAAGAACAUGAGAGUGAUGAACAGAAACAACGAUGUUGAGACGUACGAGCUGCUUCAUGUGUUGAACUUUGACCCGGUGCGAAGGCGUAUGAGUGUGAUAGUCCGAACCAAAUCAGGGGACACCAUGCUGUUCUGUAAGGGGGCCGAUUCCUCCAUCUUCCCCCGUGUAAGGCAGGAGGAGGUGGACAGGAUACGCAUGCACGUGGAACGCAACGCUACGGAGGGCUACCGGACGCUGUGUGUGGCCUACAAGCUGCUGAGCAGUGAGGAGUAUGACCAGGCAGACGCAGGGCUGAGGGAAGCCAAGCUGGCCCUGCAGGACCGAGAAGAGAAACUCAUGGCUGUCUAUAACCAGGUGGAGACUGGGAUGAGCCUGAUCGGAGCUACCGCCGUGGAGGACAGGUUGCAGGAGGAGGCAGCAGAGACCAUGGAGGCCUUGCAGGGAGCAGGCAUGAAGGUGUGGGUGCUGACGGGGGACAAGAUGGAGACGGCCAAGUCCACGUGCUACGCCUGCCGGCUGUUCCAGAGAGGUACAGAGCUGCUGGAGCUGACGGUGCGAACCCUGGAUGACCCGGGGAGGAAGAGAGAUGAGCGCCUGCAUGAGCUGCUGCUAGACUACCACAAGAGGGCAGUGCAAGAUGCCCCACCGGUCAAGGCUGGGGUCACCAGGAGCUGGUCUUCAGCGAACCAGGACUACGGCUUCAUCAUAGAUGGAGCCACUCUGUCGUUGGUGCUUAACUCCUCUUCUGACUCCAACUCCAGCCGCUACAAGAGUCUCUUCCUCCAGAUCUGUCAGAACUGUACCACUGUCCUGUGCUGCCGUAUGGCUCCCCUACAGAAGGCCCAGAUAGUAAAGAUGGUGAAGAACGCUAAAGGCAGCCCUAUCACCCUCUCUAUCGGAGAUGGGGCCAACGAUGUCAGUAUGAUCCUGGAGGCACACGUUGGCAUCGGGAUAAAGGGUAGAGAGGGUCGCCAGGCGGUGAGGAACAGUGACUAUGCCAUCCCUAAGCUCAAGCACCUGAAGAAACUGUUACUGGGACACGGGCAUCUAUACUACGUCCGCAUCGCCCACCUGGUGCAAUACUUCUUCUACAAGAACCUCUGCUUCAUCUUACCUCAGUUCUUGUACCAGUUUUUCUGUGGAUACUCCCAGCAACCCCUCUACGACGCAGCCUAUCUGACGAUGUACAACAUCUGUUUCACCUCAAUGCCUAUCCUGGCCAACAGCCUCUUGGAGCAGCACAUCUGUAUGGAGGUCCUGAUGGACAACGCCGCCCUCUACAGGGACGUAGCAAAGAAUGCCAUGUUGCGUUGGGGCCCCUUCCUGUACUGGACCCUACUGGGGGUCUACCAGGGCCUCUUGUUCUUCUUCGGGGUCCGCUUUCUCUUUAGCAACCCCGCCUUGCAGGAUAAUGGCCAGGUGUUUGGGAAUUGGUCGUACGGAACGAUUGUUUUUACCGUCCUCGUCUUCACCGUGACGCUGAAGCUGGCUAUGGACACGCGCCAUUGGACAUGGAUCAAUCACUUUGUCAUCUGGGGCUCGCUGGCCUUCUACAUGUUCUUCAGCUUCUUCUGGGGUGGGAUAAUAUGGCCUUUCCUUCAGCAGCAGCGUCUCUACUUUGUGUUUGCCAACAUGCUGAGCUCUGUGUCGGCCUGGCUGGUCAUCAUCCUCCUCAUCCUGCUCAGCCUGCUGCCUGAGAUCCUGCUGCUGGUCCUCCGCAAGCCCCGCGGGCCCCACUCACGACAGAAGAAGCUGGUGGUUCUGUCGGGCGAGGGGGAAACCCAGUCUCCCCGGUCUACAGCCAGGCCCCUGCUCAUGCAAACCUUUUCAGACGAGUCCAAUACUAUCCUAUGAACAGCCUUCAGAGGACUCCCUCCUAAAAACAUUCAGAUCGCUGCCAUCACGCCCUUGUCCUACAAGCACCUGAUCGGGCAGGAGUGAAGGGCAGAAAGGAGGAGCAACUACACUGCGGCCAGUGUCUUUCAGGCCCCCAUGGCAGUCAGGUUGACUGCCUGCACUUUUGCCUGAUCUAAAAAGAAAAUCGAAAUCGCUAGAAGAGCCAGGGGUGGACUCCACUGUCCCCCUGCUCUCUCCGUCCUUCCCCUCUUCCUGUUUCCCUCUGCAUGUCUGCAGAGAACUGCACCACCGGCCCACGCAGCACAGGCCAUUUUUACCAUGUUUUUACUGCACUGUUCAGACAGGAGGCAUGAGUUUCCGCUGUUUAUUUUUCUUUCCUUUCUUGAAUUCUUGCUUAACAAAUGUAAAUGAAUGCGUACAAGGCUGCCUUGUCAGUAGUACUACUAAGAUCUGCUGUGUUGUAACAUGCAGCAACACCUCCACUGUCCCAGAAUGAUUCAUCUGCAUGAAACAAAGGAGGCUCCAUGAAUGCCACAUUCCACUUGUUAUUUCUUGUGUGUUUAGGUCAAGGUUUGUUAAAAAAUAUAUCUAUAUAAAUGUUACUUAACUUUCUGAAGCAAAGAUUCUACAGUUCCAGGUCCAAAUCAUAGUUUAUAAGUUACAUGAUUCCAGUCAAGUCCAGGGCAAAAGAGAGCAUGUUCGCUCAGUGCAGACUACACUGCACACAGGUUACUGAAUAUCUUGAGGGAAAAAAAGUGCAUUGGAUACUGAGAAGGGAGGGUUAAGAGGCACAGCCCCCUACUGGGUUAAGGGAGGGUUUAGAGGCACAGCCCCCUACUGGUUAAAGGGAGGGUUAAGAGGCACAGCCCCCUACUGGUUAAAGGGUGGGUUAAGAGGCACAGCCCCCUACUGGGUUAAGGGAGGGUUAAGAGGCACAGCCCCCUACUGGGUAAAGGGAGGGUUUAGAGGCACAGCCCCCUACUGGUUAAAGGGAGGGUUAAGAGGCACAGCCCCCUACUGGUUAAAGGGAGGGUUUAGAGGCACAGCCCCCUACUGGGUUAAGGGAGGGUUUAGAGGCACAGCCCCCUACUGGGUUAAGGGAGGGUUUAGAGGCACAGCCCCCUACUGGGUUAAGGGUGGGUUUAGAGGCACAGCUCCCUACUGGUUAAAGGGAGGGUUUAGAGGCACAGCCCCCUACUGGGUUAAGGGAGGGUUUAGAGGCACAGCCCCCUACUGGGUUAAGGGAGGGUUUAGAGGCACAGCCCCCUACUGGGUUAAGGGAGGGUUUAGAGGCACAGCCCCCUACUGGGUUAAGGGAGGGUUUAGAGGCACAGCCCCCUACUGGGUUAAGGGAGGGUUAAGAGGCACAGCCCCCUACUGGUUAAAGGGAGGGUUUAGAGGCACAGCCCCUUACUGGUUAAAGGGAGGGUUUAGAGGCACAGCCCCCUACUGGUUAAAGGGAGGGUUUAGAGGCACAGCCCCCUACUGGUUAAAGGGAGGGUUUAGAGGCACAGCCCCCUACUGGGUUAAGGGUGGGUUUAGAGGCACAGCCCCCUACUGGGUUAAGGGUGGGUUUAGAGGCACAGCCCCCUACUGGGUUAAGGGAGGGUUUAGAGGCACAGCCCCCUACUGGGUUAAGGGAGGGUUUAGAGGCACAGCUCCCUACUGGUUGAAGGGAGGGUUUGGAGACACAGCCCCCUACUGGGUUAAGGGUGGGUUAAGAGGCACAGCCCCCUACUGGGUUAAGGGAGGGUUUAGAGGCACAGCCCCCUACUGGUUAAAGGGAGGGUUUAGAGGCACAGCCCCCUACUGGGUUAAGUCUCCAUUUUCCCAAAAAGUGUGUAUGUGAUUUAAUCAAAAUGACUGGUAAUGAGUUGUGCUUGCCAACAUUUCUACCUGGUUCUGUGUUUGGAGCAUGACAUGUAUCUUCCAAGCAGAAGGCCGGACAUGAGUCUUCGAAGGCCGGUGAUAAUAUAAGAAAAUCCCAAUUGGAUUGAGAAAAUUAUUACAUGUGAUGUAGUUAUAGAUCUUAACCUGUUUGAAUGCCUAAUGCUUGAAGCCAAAAAAUGUGUCUGAGCUGGGGAGAUGCAAGUGUCAUGCCCAGCACCCUCCAAAUGAUUGCAAAAUAUGUUGCUGAGAGUGUGAGCAAGUUGUUUGUGUGUGCGCGUUUGUCAUGCAUCUGUUACCCAGCAGCACAGCUGUUCUGGAUUGGAACGAUGGCCUAAAAAGCAACCUUUUUGUUACAUUAAGACACGUACAGCUUUUAACAGGAAUACCUGUAGCUACCUUGUAGAUUAGCACGUGGUUGUCAUGACCUGUCCUCUAAAGUUCUGUGGAUUUUCCUUUGGGCAUGUGGGCACAAAGGCACAUUUGUCAUAUGCCGAAACACACAUGCAUAAUGCGCACACACCUACGCAUUCACAAAUGCGCACAUGCACUAAAAGUCUAAAAUGAGGUAUCUAUGUCCCAUUACCAGUUAGUGUUUGUCAAAGAUGGGCUGACGUUGGGUGGGUAAAGAUCCCAACUCCAGACUUUCUCUUGUCAGUUAAUGCGACUGUGAGGCUUUCUACCCACCUGCUUACCUUUCAUCAACAACCAUAUCCAUUUACCAUAUCUGAGAUGGGUUUCUUACUGACUUCUAGCGUUAGUGCUUCAUACAUUCCAUUUCUACAUGCCAUGAUUUGAGUCACUUUUAGAUACUAUGGGACGAUUUUUGGAACGUGUAAGAAUGUAUUUGACAUAUUUAUUGUUCUGAGUAAUUUUACUCACAAAUCGUAUAUUUUUAUUACAUACAUCAUUUUUUAUUGUAGAGAAUUAUCAGCUUUGUGCAAUUUCAGUAUGCCUGUGUUACUUCAGACAAGAUGUGUGCCCCUGUGCCAACCCAUAUCAUAUGUAUCUCACACACCUGCAGGUAUAUCCUACCUUACACCUUCACCAUAUCCUCUCCCUCCACCGUUCUGGUCGCAGGUCAGAUUACAGAGCACUGGUUAGAGGUCAGUUAAGCCAUAUCUAGGCUUGGAAUGGAGCCUCUUUUAGUUUUGGCACAGGGGUAUGUCUUGUCCUUUAAAAAAUGCCAUAACUAUCAAAUAUUUGAUAAUGAUGGCUAUAGUUCCUAAGUUGAGUAGCUAUAGUCCAGAUGGGCUUCAUUCCAGCUCCUUAGUGGUUGGAGAUACUGUAACAGCUACAUGAUGGCUGUACAUGACCUGUGACAUGAUACUGAGCAUGUGCAACCUGGUGCCCCUCCCCUCUGUCACACUUGUCAGAAUUCCAGACACGGCUUCUAUGCCAAAUGUGAUUUACCAUACUUUCAUAUAUCACAUGCUAUACCAGCUUGUGGAGGAGAAAUGUAUAUAUUUUUCUUGACUUCAAGGGUCUGGAGUUUCCAGAGGAUUGUGUACACCAGAUGGCUAUAUCACGGGGAACUCUUUGUAACGUUUCCUUUUGAAACACUAAAGCUAUCAGGAGGCUGAGUAUAGGCUGUGCUCAGACCAGCCUGAAGACACUGCUGGACUCUCACCUGCCUGGGCUGUGUCCUAGGUCAGGGGGUAGGAGGAGGACUUACUGUAUGGGGAGGGGGGGGCUGCAUUACAGAUGCAUUUUUCAAAAGCUUACUAAAUUUAUUGAAUUCUCAUGUUUUGCCUGACCAAAAAAAGAAAGAAAAUGAUUGUUUUUUAAAUGCAACCCUUUUUCCAGCCACUUUUGUAAGAAUAAUCGAAACGUCCAAAAAAAAGCAAGAGCGGCUGGAUGAAUGUGGAGAAUGGCCCUGUCCACGGGUGACCGCUGGGGUGGGGUUCUGUGGGUUGACGGGCACAAAAUGGGCACCUCACCCCGGCGCCAGGACCACCCCACAUCAGGCCCCUCAGGCUCCAGCCUCGGCACUCUGAACCUCCGACCUGAAUGUAGCACUUUAAGACCAGUCUGUUCAACACAGUUUUUCUGAAAUAAAUCAGAAUGUUAUGAA